AUGCGUUUAAUAAAAAAGAUGAAAUCUGAUUUAGCCCUCACGAUUGAACCAUCAUUGGCUUACCCCCAAACUAAUUUUCACCAAACAUUCGCGUUUGUAAUAAUAUUCGGGCAAUUUUUCGGUAUUAUGCCCCUACAUGGAAUAACUAAAAAAAAUGUGCAAGAAAUUCGACUAGAGUGGAAAUCAUUUCGAUUUGUUUAUGCCGUUUACAACAUUUUCGGGGCUUUCAUUAUGGGAUUUUUCUGUAUUUUGAAAUUCGCUUUGGAUGGGCUUAUGUUGGACAAAACAGCCACGAUGUCGUUUUACGUCCUCAAUUUUUUCGGAGGUAUUCAAUUUAUUAUAAUUAGCAAACAUUGGGCUACGAUUAUGAAAGAAUGGUCUUUUAUGGAAGUAUCAAUGAGAAGUUAUGGUUCUUUGAUUAGUAUGAAAAAAAGAUUCGUUGUGAUGACUUCAGUGAUUAUGACCUUAGCUUUAGUGGAACAUCUUUUAUUUAUUGCAAAUGCUUUUAUAACGAGCCAGAAUUGCACAAAUGCCACUUUGUAUAGUGGAGAUGAGAUUUACUUCCGUGUUGCAUUUCCUUCAGUUUUCACACUUAUAGAUUAUUCCCUUUGGAAAGCAUGUUUUGUUGAAAUUGCUAACAUUUUAUCAACUGCAACUUGGAAUUACACAGAUUUAUUCAUUAUUUUAAUAAGUUGCUCACUCGCCUCCCGCUUCGCUCAAAUCAAUCACAGACUCAAAAACAAUAAAAUGAUGCAUGAAAAAUUUUGGAAAGAAAUUAGAGAAGAUUACAACAAGCUAGCACACUUAACUGCAGUUGUUGACAGAAAUGUGGCUGCUUUAGUCGUGAUUUCUUUUGUUAGCAAUGCUUUUUUUAUAUGCGUUCAGCUAUACAACAGUUUAAAAAUUCGUGUCGGUACUAUCGAAACAAUUUACUACUUUUUCUCUUUUGGAUUCCUCGUAGCUAGAACAAUCGCUGUUAUACUUUACGGAGCUUGGAUUAAUGACGAAAGUAGAAAACCACUAGAAAUUCUUCAUUCGGUCCCUUCAGAACACUAUUGUGAGGAGAUUAGCCGUCUUAUUCAACAAAUAAAUUCUUCUCCUGUGGGAAUAUCAGGCUCGAAAUUUUUUAUUCUGACUAGAAGUUUUCUUUUAAAGAUGGCCUCAACUAUUGUUACUUUUGAACUAAUGUUCCUACAGUUUGGACCCUUAAUAAAAAUCAACACCAAUUAUAAUUCCAGUUAUAAUAACUGUUAA